CGAUGAGUGAUUGGUUGUUCACCUUUACAUGUAGCCUACGUGCGUAGGCUACUUUACAAGCCUUCUUGACUUCUGUUUACAUCAUGGCAACCUCAAGCUCCCGUAUUGUCGUGUUUUGCGCUGCAAUUCUUUGUGGAGUGAUCUUACAUUCUCGACCAGCUCAUGGCCUCAAGUGUUACAAACAAGAAUGCACUCAAAUGCCUGGAGCUACAUGUCCACCUGCUAACGUCACUGAGUGCCCUUCCGACACCAUGUGCAGCAGGAUGCUGAUUAAGGGCACAGUCAAAGUCCAGGGAAUGUCAAUGUCAUUUAGUCAAGACGUUAAAGAAAGUUGUCAACCAGCCUUCCAAUGUUCUGAUGCCUUUAACCAAUUAAUGUGUGAUUCGGCUAAAUCUUCAAUGAACGUCAGCUCGGUGGAGUGCUCAAGACAGUGUUGUCAAGAUGAUCUAUGUAACAGUGACAGCUUUAAUCCGACUUUGGCUCCAAGUGCGCAACCAGGCCCUGCAUUAAAAUGCUACGUCUGUUCCAACGUCCCAUCGCUAGGUGGCCACUCAUGUGACAACCCUGUGCUCAUGGAAUGUCCAUCCCACGGUCCUUUCAUCCCUGAUAGCUGUGUGACCUUCAAAGCUUUUGGCCGUAACGACACAGGUAGCCCUGCCAGCAUAGAGUUUCGUAACUGCACUGUGUCCCUGGCGUGUGGCGAGUUUUGCAAAGAGUUUAACAGCACUGGUCAGAUAGAUGAAUGUUCUGCCAAGUGUUGUCAAGGAGACGGAUGCAAUAACGAGGGAUUGCCAACUCAGCCGACGACUAUGACAACUUUGCCAUCUGACGCUUUCAGACCGGCCAUGCAGGGUUUGGCCCUUCUGACUGGGCUAGUGUGGGCUAUACUGGUGUUGCGGUAGUCACGUAAACUAGCCGUUUUCCAACGAGUUGUUUUCAUAUCCAGCUGAUUAUCUGUCAUUGUUCACAUUUUUGCUUUGAAAUAAAGAUCUCUGAAUGGUA